CCUGAACUUCCUUCAGGGGCAGUCCCCGAAGCGGCGAAACUCUCCAGGACCCCAGUCCUGGGCGGCGUCCCUUGACGACCUCCCCUCGUCGAGCCCCCUGCUGACAAGUGCCUGGACUCCGAAGGCCUCAGGGACCCGGCCGGAGCUGACUGUCUCCAGCUCCGUGCCAGGCCACGAUGCUCAUGAGGAAAGUGCCGGGCUUCGUCCCGGCCUCCCCGUGGGGGCUGCGGCUGCCGCAGAAAUUCCUCUUCCUUCUCUUCCUCUCGGGCCUCGUCACCCUGUGCUUCGGGGCUCUAUUCCUUCUGCCUAACUCCUCUCGCCUCAAGCGCCUCUUCCUGGCCCCUCGGACACAGCAGCCCGGCUUGGAGGUAGUGGCCGAAGUCGCCAGCCACCCCCUGGCCCGCGAGCAGGAGUCGCCCCCCAACCCAGCUCCUGCUGCGCCAGCCCCGGGCGAAGACUAUCCUAGCAGCCAAGCCAGUACCCGCCGCAGAAAAGGGUGGCUGCGUCGCACCCACCCGACCGGGCCACGGGAAGAGGCCACCGCGGCACGGAGCAGCGGCGCCGCGGCCCUCAGACCCCAGGAGGGGAGCAUCUCAUUUAGCUUUGACUUUAACGCGUUCCGGAGCCGCCUCCGCCACCCGGUCCUGGGUACUGGAGCCCAUGAGAUCGAGGAGCCCCAGAGCUUAGUUCGAACCCAGCGGGAGAAAAUUAAGGAGCUGCAGAGGACUGACUUCACCGGCCACAGACCCCCCAGCUUUCCUUCCUUGCUGGCAUCAGGGAUUAGAGAGUCUGUUUUUCCCCUUUGUCUCCUGAUGGCACAUCAGGACCGACCUUUGGACCUCUGCUAA